ACUGAAAACAUCAAAUGAAUAUCAGUAGAUCUCCUGUGGAACUUAGGCAAACAGGAUAUAUCAAUAUCUCUCCAACGCGUAUCCUUCAAUAUACAAAUCAACUAUUUGUGGAUUCUCAUGUGAAGCAUUAUCAUGAAUGAAGCUAUGAUGACUGGUCCAAACAUUUCCAAUCUCAUAGACUACACUGAAUUAUUUGAUUAUGUAUUCAACAACAGCGAAAACACCACAGAGUUUAUUUUGGAUAAGAGCACCCUAUUUUGUUCACCCAUCCCUAUAGCUAAUGCAGUCAACAUCUCAUUUUGCAUCAUCUACGUGAUCAUUUUUCUGGUGGCCAUACCUGGGAAUCUACUUGUGGGCUGUGUGAUCUGUUCAAACAUACGAUCACUUUCUUCUUCAGAUGUCUACUUGUUUAACCUGAUGUUAGCCGACACUCUAUUGGCUCUAAUCUUGCCGUUCUCUGCGGUAUCCGUAGUGCACGGCUGGGUGUUUGGGGAUUUCAUGUGUAAACUGGUUUGCCUGGUGAAAGAAAUAAACUUUUACACCAGCAUCUUGUUUUUGGUGUGCAUCAGUGUGGAUCGCUAUAUGCUCAUCGUGCGCGCUAUGGAAUCCCAGAAGGCUGAGCGGCGACUGUGCAGUGGUGUCGCUUGCGCAGCAGUGUGGUUUUUUGGCGGCUUGCUUUCCUUGCCCUCGCUUUACAAUGAGGCCUAUUUUUCCAAAACUGGCAACCAGACCAUAUGUGCCGAACGCUUUGAGGUGGACAGUGCCGAUAAAUGGCGAUUCGCCACGCGAACCAUGAGGCACCUGCUCGGCUUUAUACUCCCUCUAGUGGUCAUGUUGACGUGCUACAGCGUGACAGUAGCACGGCUCUUGCGUACGCGGUGUUUCCAGAAGCAUAGGGCCAUGAAGGUGAUAGUCACUGUGGUCGUGGCUUUUCUCUUGUGCUGGACCCCUUUUCACGUUACCACGAUGGUCGACACGCUGUUGAGGGCCAAAGCCUUUCAAUUCAGUUGCUUCACGCGGACCUCCGUGGAUGUUGCCAUGUUCGUUACGCAAAACCUGGGACUCGUGCACUGCUGUGUAAACCCGGUGCUUUACGCUUUUGUGGGAGAGAAAUUUCGAAAGCGAUUUAUGCAAUUGCUUCAAAGAAAAGGAGUUCUGGAUCGCUUUUCAAUCUCUAAACCUAGCAGGCCUCUCCAAUCUGAAGUCACUUCUAGCUUCCUGUGAGCUGCUGCCAUGCAAUGGACAUCAAUGUUUAUAAUGAUGCAAUGAUGCAAUGGCUCCCUCUAUUGUUCAUAAAGAACACAGAUGUCACACUGCAGCGUGAUGUGAAUGUUCGGGGUCGAGCUUUCACAAAAACAAAUCUAUUACUGUUAAUACUAUCACGUAUGGGUUAAGAAUGGAAUAACAAUAAAUCUCAGGUAUUAAAUUGUUGUGUAACUCAAUGUGUGAACCAUCUGUGAUACAAACAUUUGUGAUGACUUGUUGAUGAGAACUGGGGAGAGACACCCAUAGAGGAAAACAUGUUGAGCAAGACUGAUAUGAGAUGUAUUACAGCACAUUUACGUAUGAAAUGUUAAAAAAUGAUCAUUGUCAAAACAUACACGGUCAUUAUCAAAACAUGAUUAUCUCAGCCUUUUUACUCGAAAUUUGGUAUUUUUGACGAAACCUUCCCAUAUUAUAUAAAAAGAGAACAAAUUAAAAUAGCUGUUUCCGUUUUGUUAGUUUGUUUGUUUGUUUGAAAGCAAUCUGUUCUUUUAGUUGAUAUAUUUUAUGUUUAUUUAUAGAAGAGAAUUUCCUGGAAAGCAUAUUGUGAAACUUUUGUAAAAAUCACAAAAAAUACUUUUUUAAAUAAGUCUGGUGGGGAAUGAGUUAAUUUAUUUUAAAGUACUUUUAUUCUAUUUAUGUUUUUUUAAAUAACCUUUCAUAACUUUUCUAAAUAUUACUAUUCUAGGUUUAGAGGUACUUUACUGUCAUGUAAAUGUUUGAAUGCGUCUGGGUGCAGACAAGUGUGUAAUGGCUUAUAAGUCAUAAAUGCAAUCGUACUAAAACUUCUUUAGGAUUUAUCACGAGUGGAUGUAUUGUGUGUGGGUUUUUUUUGGCAAAUGUUUAAGAUAUAAAAUAAAAUGUUAUAAACCAUUUCAUUUCUGUUUUUCUUUCCCUAGUGACAGCUCUUUUGACGUUUAUUUUCUGACAGCGUAUGCUGUUUUUUUGUCAGUGGACAGAAAAGGAGAAAUUUUGAAGGAUUGUGAAACAACAAUUCACAGUGAUCACAUCCGACCUAAAAAUAUAUAUAUAUGAGAACUGAAAAUUCCUCAUAAUUCAUACACUGUAUUAGAAGUCUUUUGAAGUCAAAUGAUCUUUUUGUGUGGAGACUGAAGUGUAAAAC